AUGGCAGCUGAAUUUGUGCUCACUUUCGCUGCUGAGGGGAUUCUGACCAAGGUGUCUUCACUUGCCGCUCAAGAACUCGCUCUUGCAUCGGGGUUCAAGGCCGAACUGGAGAAGCUCGGAGAGUCCGUAUCCAGCAUUCAAGAUUUCUUACGCGGCGCUGCGGAGAGACCAGAUGAUCAGGGCAAGGCAGUAGAGAAAUGGGUCAAGAAACUUAAACAGGUAGCUGAAGAUGCAGAUGAUAUUUUGGAUGAUUUCAACUAUGAACUUCUCCGGCGCAAAGUGGAGCUGCAUAACCACAUGAAGAGAAAGGUACUCAACUUCCUUUCUGCCUCCAAUCCUCUUUUGUUUCGUCUCAAAAUGGCGCAUAAGAUUAAGAAGAUCAAUAACUCCUUGGCGGUGCUCAAGAGUCAGGCAGCUUUCAUCAACUUGGUUGCCAAAAAAGGAUAUUCAAGGCAACGACGGGAUCGAUUGCAAACUGAUUCAUUUUUUGAGGAUGGUGAAAAAGUUGUUGGAAGGGAAGACGCUGUGACAAAGAUAGUUACGACGUUGAUCAGCUCCGACAAUCAGCAGAAGAAUCUUUCAGUUAUGGCCAUUGUGGGAAUGGCUGGACUGGGGAAGACGACUCUGGCUAAAUCAGUGUACAAUGAACCUGCCAUAUGUACACACUUCGAUAAAAGAAUAUGGGUGUGUGUGUCUAACACUUUUGAAGUGGAUACGAUUUUAAGUCAGCUGGUAGACACUGUAGUACCUGAAAAGGCUGGAAUGAAAUGCCAAAAUGCAAUUCUUGAAGUUCUGAGAAAGGAGCUAACAGGGAAUAGAUAUGUUCUGGUGCUCGAUGAUGUUUGGAAUAAAGAGAAGGAAAAGUGGGAUAGCUUGAUGAGUUGUUUGUCAAAGCUGAAUUCUAAUCCCGGAAGCUGCAUUAUCGUCACCACCCGUAGCACCGAUGUGUCAACUAUUGCUGAAACACUCCCCAGACCUGAGUUGAGAAAUCUAUCAGAGGAGGAAUGUUGGUCCAUUAUAAAGCAAAGAGCUUUAAAUUUAGACGAAAAUGGUUCAAUUGAUGCAGAACUAGAAAGAAUUGGGAGGGAGAUUGCUGAGAAGUGUGGAGGGGUACCCUUGGUUGCAAAGGUUUUGGGAAGCCUACUGCGCUCAAGAGCUAGUACAGUUGCUGAAUGGUCGUCAAUUCUAGACAAUAGAUUAUGGGAACUACCUGAAGGGGAGGACAGGAUCAUGAAGGUAUUGAAGUUGAGUUUUGAUAAUCUGGAGCCAUCGCCAUUGAAACAAUGUUUUGCAUAUUGCUCAAUGUUGAGAAAAGAUUUCGAAAUUGAAAGAGAUAAUUUGAUCCAGCUUUGGAUGGCUCAAGGAUUACUCCAGACUUCAACUGUCGAAAAUCAUCAUGAGAUGGAGGAAACUGGCAAAGAAUAUUUUAACAUUCUACUAAACAAUUCCUUAAUUCAAGAGGUAAUUGAAGGAGGCACUAUUACGAAGUACACAAUGCACGAUCUUGUGCAUGAUCUUGCAGAAAAAGUGUCUGAAAGUGAGCGCUUGACACAGGAGUUGAAUGAUGAUGUUCGACAUGUUGCACGUAGUCGACCUCCUUCAACACUAGAAAACAUGUCAGAAGUAACUGUUGGGAGAUUGCGCUCACUAUUUUCAAAUGACCAGGUCCCAGAGAUCAUUUUCUCCAAGUUCAAAGCAAUGCGGGUCUUAAGUUUAGAUACAGCAGUUAUGAAAGAGUUGCCAAAUUCAUUUUGCAAGCUGAAGCACUUGAGAUAUCUAGACCUCUCAGAUACAGGAAUCACAGCACUUCCCAAGUCAAUUGGCAAGCUCUAUAACCUUCAAACAUUGCGAAUGCUGCGGAAUUGGCAUCUGAACAAGCUUCCAAGGGAGAUGCAAAACUUGAUCAACUUGAGGCAUCUCGUCCUAAUUGACUUUUGCAAAUGUGGAGAACUCCCGAUACUAGGCCAUCUACCGUUCCUUAGAGAUGUGGAGAUACGUGGUAUGCAUAACCUAAAACGCUUUGGAAGUGAAAUUUAUGGUUAUGACCUUGUUUACGAGGCUACGCGAGAGAAGGAGACGAUAGUCUUAUUUCCAGCACUAAAAACAUUAAGCAUUAGGGGGUGCGAUGAGCUAAUUGAAUGGAUGGAAGCACCCACAACGACGACGACAAAAGUAGAGGUGUUCCCUUGCUUGGAGAAGUUGAAGGUCGAAUAUUGUCCAAGUAUUGGGUUCAUUCCAAUUCCCCACGGCAUGGCAUCCCUCCGCGAACUGCGGGUUGGCAGCUGUGAUGCAUUAUCUAGUAUUGGCCAACUCGAUCAUUGCACCUCUCUACAGGAAUUGAAGAUUUACAGCUGUAAUGCAUUAUCUAGUAUUGGCCAACUCGAUCAUUGCACCUCUCUACAGGAAUUAGAGAUUAACAGCUGUAAUGCAUUAUCUAGUAUUGGCCAACUCGAUCAUUGCACCUCUCUACAGGAAUUGGAGAUUAAAUGGUGUAAUGCAUUAUCUAGUAUUGGCCAACUCGAUCAUUGCACCUCUCUACAGGAACUGUGGAUUGACAGCUGUGAUGCAUUAUCUAGUAUUGGCCUAACAUCCUCACAGGGCCUUCCAUCUCUCCGGGAAUUGAUUAUUCAACGCUGUGAUGGAUUAUCAGCCCUACCGAGCGGGAUUGAAAACUGCACCUCUCUUGAGCUACUAUGUGUAUUCGAAUGCAACGGUCUACAAUCUCUUCCAGAUUUCCGCAGUUUCACAUCCCUCCGUGACUUGCAGUUAGGUUCUUUCUGGGAGGACCUCGACUCUUUCCCUGAUUUUCAAGUUCCAUCCCAACAACUUGUCUCAUUAGAGUUGUACGGGUGGCCUAAGCUCAAGUCUCUUCCUCAACAAGUUCAACACUUGACUUCGCUUACGAGGUUGGAUAUAAGUUCUUUCAAAGGAGUGGAGACUUUACCAGAGUGGCUGGGCAACCUUGCAUCUCUCAUGGACCUGAGAAUUUCGAAUUGUGAGAAUCUCAAGUAUCUACCUUCUCUCGAAGCAAUGCAACGCCUCACCAAAUUACAGUGUCUAGAAGUUAUUGGUUGUCCACUUCUAGAGGAAAGAUGCACCAAGGACAGCGGCGAAGAAUGGCCCAAGAUUUCUCACAUUCCAUGUAUCGAAAUUGAUUAUUGAAGAUUUGAAGCCAUGCAAUGCCUCAGUGAAGUACCCACGUUUUGAUGGACAUGGCUUUCAUGUUUCAAGAGAAAGAUGUACAAUACCUGGCUUUGUGGGAGUCUCGUGUUGAGCAAAUUUAAUCACUUCUCCUCUCUAAAAGUCGAGCUCUAUUCUGUGCUCAAAUGGAAGAACAAGUAGUCCAACUGAUACGCACUAGGUGUGCAAACUGCGUUUGCUAUCAGCUGCUGCUGGAACAGACUUCUGUUACACUUCUCAGUUGUGCACUCUCUUGGUGUUUCUCAUGGGGAUGCUUCAACUAUAAUGAAUGGAGCACAUAAGGUUUGCAGUUAGGUACUGUGGGCUUGUUUGGGAACUACCCAAGUAUGAUUAGUAGCGUAUUGCAAGCCUCAUGAUUAGUAGCGUAUUGCAAGCCUCAUGGUGGUUCCAUAUUUAUAAGAUUCCUUUUGGUGGUAUGAUCUUGUUGUGAAUUAUGGUAGAGAUGUAGAGGAAUUUUCACUGAAAGAUCGAAAGCUUGUGAGCUUUGGGUGUAAUUGGCGUUUUUCCGUUUUGGGUGUAAGCAGAUGAUGAAUGUACAAGCGUGAUGAUUAGCUUUGGUUCUAUUUUACAUUCAAUUCUCUGCUAAGAAGCAAGAAUGCAAAUGA